AUUCAUCUGCCCAUCACACGGUGGCACAGGCACUGCCGUGGUCCUUCACCCACAUCAAACUUCUGAAGAGCCUGUGGGGCUCGUGUGACCCAGGCUGCUGGAAGAAUCUCAUACACACGCUCCACCCAGGAAAGAGAAUUACCGGGCAGGAGUCAGAGAGCAAAGUCCUGCCAUGGGAGGACGGGAGACUUAUAUCUGCCAGACCAGGCAGAGGCAAAAAGCCAGUGUCCCGGGACGCACCAGCUAGAGCGGGCAUCAUGGAUGUGCUGGUCCCGUUCCUGCAGCUGCUGGUGCUGCUCCUCACACUUCCGCUGCACCUGCUGGCUCUGCUGGGCUACUGGCAGCCCAUGUGCAAAACCUACUUCCCCUACUUGAUGGCCAAGUUAGCAAAAAGCUCCAACAAAAAGAUGGAAGGCAAGAAACGGGAACUGUUUAGCCAGAUAAAUGAUCUUAAGGGGACCUCCGGGAAAGUGGCCCUGCUGGAGCUGGGCUGUGGCACCGGGGCUAACUUCCAGUUCUACCCGUCCAACUGCAAGGUCACCUGCAUCGACCCAAACCCCAACUUCGAGAAGUUCCUCACAAAGAGCAUGGCUGAGAACAGGCACCUCCAGUACGAGCGCUUCAUCGUGGCUUAUGGAGAGGACAUGAAACAGUUGGCGGACAGCUCCAUGGACGUGGUGGUCUGCACCCUGGUGCUAUGUUCAGUACAGAGCCCCAAAAAGGUCCUGCAGGAAAUCCAGAGAGUCCUGAAGCCGGGAGGACUGCUGUUCUUCUGGGAGCACGUGGCUGAGCCUCGGGGAAGCUGGGCCUUCCUGUGGCAGCGAGUGUUUGAGCCCACCUGGAAACACAUCGGGGAUGGCUGCCACCUCACCAGAGAGACCUGGAAGGACCUGGAGAAGGCAGGGUUCUCUCAUGUCCAAAUGGAACGGCAGCCCCCUCCCUUCAAGUGGUUACCUGUCGGGCCCCACAUCAUGGGAAAAGCUGUGAAAUAACCCUCCUCCAGGAGCCCAUCUGCUCCCUCCCUGCCUGUAGUCAGAGCCACCCCGGGUGACUGGCAUGGCCUCAGUGCCUCCUCCACAGUGAGGCUUCCUCCCUGCUCCCUCCGGAGGUAUAAAACUAUACAGCGCCAUACUGUCAGGUGCAAAGCCCUGGACUUUGCCCACCCCCCUUCUAGGACCCCCGCUUUUCCUUUGUGCCCGUGGUGAAGUUCUCACUGCUGUUCUUCUGAGGCGACACCCAUGUGCGCCUUGGAACUAGCCACAAGCCAGUGCCCGUAUUCCCUGCCAGACCGCCUCAGCCCCCCUCCCUACUUCCCAUUCCGUCCUGAGCUUCAGAGGGACAGAGGGAAGCCACACCCCCGGGAUGAGAGAACAGCGCUCAAUAAAACAACCAGAGUUUUUAUUGUCAAA